AUGCUGUUUGAUGCGCGGAUAAGUAGAGUACCACGGUUUGUGAUCGGCCAAGGGAGCUCCGACACGGUGGGGAAAAUGGAGGCAAUCCUUUCCGUUCCCGUCCCCAACCAAAGAAGAAAGGUAAAGAGUUUCCUCGGUCUGGUGGCUGGUACCAGAAAUUUGUUCCUCACUUUUCAGAUUGCUCGGCUGUUCUUCAUGAUCUCACCCAAGCACGGCCCCAAGAGAAGGAUGAGCGCUCUGAACCGUGCCGGGACUCUGGACCAUGGCCCCUCCGAAUCCCGUGUGGUCCAAAUCUAUCCCCGACCAACCCGGGACCCCGCCACAUACUGUCCUCUACAGAUCACUCAUGGCGACACGGCUCGGGCUGUCGUCAAAAAUGCUGUUCUGAUGCUGGGCCUGGACUCUAAUCAGUCUUACAGACUGAUAGAAAUCAAAGAAAAUGAAGAGGAGGAAAAUCAUUUGGACUGCGACGACUUCCCAUUGGAUUCGGUACUACUGUGGCCUCCCAAAACUCAAAAAUGGCAUUCGAAAACCAACGGCUACUACUUCAUCCUGCAGCAAGUCCCCAAUGGCAAAAGUAAAAGCGACGAAUAUGACGAUCUAUGCAACCUUGCUGAACUUACAGAGGAAAGCAUCACGGAAACUUUGCGUCAACGCUUUUACAAACUCAAAAUUUACACUUAUACAAGCCGCAUCCUCAUCGCCAUCAACCCCAACAAGUUCCUGCCUGUUUAUUACAAUCCCAAAUACAUCAAAAUGUAUGAGAACCAGCCACUGGGAAAGCUAAGCCCCCAUAUAUUUGCCAUAGCGGCGGCUGCCUAUAGGAACAUGCUGAGCAGCCAAACAGACCAGUGUAUUGUGAUUUCUGGGGAGAGUGGAUCAGGGAAGACGGAGAGUAGUAGUUUUUUGGUGCAUUGCCUGACAGCUCUGAGCCAGCAGACGUACUCAAGCGGACUGGAGAGGAUCAUACUGGGAGCAGCACCUGUGUUAGAGCCCAGUUCACCAACUCUUGGACAGUGA